AUGGGCCGCCCCAUUCCGAGACAGACGCGUUCGCAAGCCAAUCGUCGAUCAGUGCGGGAGUCGACACUCCUCCAGCGUACGACGACCCCAGUCUCGACGCGGUCUCGACGAGCGAGGCGUGAUACUGCGAAGAAGACAGCCUCGAAUUUCCCUCCAUCCUCUACUUCGCAAGCCGCCGAGACACCACGCAUCCUCCGUCCACGUACGUCACAGACACAGAACUCGGGCUCGAUCCAGAAAUGCCAGUGCGACGACCAAUGCCUCAGCACCUCGUGCCUCAACAGAUUCAUGAAGACGGAGUGUCACUCCGGAAACUGCGCUCUACCGUGGUGCCACAACCGACCCUUCACCAACCCCCCGCGCCACAGAUUCGAAGUCUUCGACACCGGCCUCCGCGGGCAGGGCCUACGCACUAUCAAACCCCUGGCACCCGGCUUCGUGAUCGAGUACAAGGGGAAGAUCCGCACAGAGUCCUCCGGCCGACCCUACUCGUCAUACUGCAUUUCCUUGGGCAACGGAUUAGUCCUGGACGCGAGCGAAAUGGACACGCAGGCGCGAUAUAUCAAUCAUUCCUGCGAUCCAAACUGCGAAGUGUGGAACUGCAUCGGUGCAGACAACAAAAAUCACAUUGGUAUCUUCGCAAAGGUCGCGAUCAAGGCCGGCACUGAGUUAACCAUUAGCUACUUCGGGUCGAGCAAAGAUAGAGGACACAGGACAAGGCCACGGGGGAGUGACAAAAAAUGCCUGUGCGGAACGGAUAAGUGCCGUGGAAAUAUAUGGGCAUGA